GACUAUUUCUUCUCCGGUCCCAAGAACGCACUCGCUCCGUUUUUAGUAUUAAAUGGUCUGUCACCCACUUCCACACGCAAUAUAACCGGGCUUCAUCAAACUUCUUGAUUACCCUUCUUCUGCUCCAAAUUUUCCACCAUAUAAUAAUUAUAUACACAUCAAUUUGUAUAUGUAUGUAAGCAUGAAUUUUUGACCCAGUUUUCCCUUAUAUUUUUACACUGUUGUUAAUCAGAAGUUACAUAUAUUUAUAAUACAAACACAUAAUUCCAAAAUUAUAUAUUUGCUGCUGUUUUCACAAUAUAUACAUACGUCUUUAUCUGCUUGCUAAGAUUUUGCCGUCUGGCGCUAACUUGUUUUCUUCUCAUAUUUGAAAGGGAAGGUUAAUUUUCUGGCUAAUAAAAUUUGGGCCCCUCAAUUUUUGACUCUAGAAUCUCAUGUGAUCUCAAAGGUGCCAUCUAUUGCCCUUGCUUUCUAAAUUUUCUUUAAUGGGUGCAUAAUGUUUUUUACGGUUGUAGCUGAAAUAAUCCUAAUUCCCAGUCUUGUAUUGCUAUUCUGUUUGAGAAAUCUGGACUUCAGUUUCAUUCAAGCUCGGUGUUAUCUGCUUUUGUGAUGAUGAACUGUUCUGUUAUGAAGUUCGCUAUCUGGGUUUUGUUCAUGUUGUACUUGGUAUGUUUUUCUCGAGGAUUUGAUCCUGCUGAUAAGUAUUAUAUAAACUGUGGAUCAUCCACUGAUGUUACUCUGGGUAAUAGGACUUAUGUAUCUGAUAAAUCAGCAUCUAAAUUCCUGUCAACCCCACAAGAUAUAUUGGCUGAUAGCAAUUCAAAUUCUAUAAAUUCAUCCAAGAAUUCACUGCUGUAUCGAACAGCUAGAGUAUUUGCUGGAUCCUCUAGGUAUACGUUCUCGAUCAGCCAGAGGGGGAGGCACUGGAUCCGCCUGCACUUUUAUCCAUUUGUUUAUCAGAAUUAUGAUAUGAACACUGCUAAUUUCUCUGUUUUCUUCCAAAAGAAUACGCUUCUAAGCAAUUUCAACUCAAAAAACCUUUCUGUUAGAGAAUUUUCAGUCAGUAUAUCAUCUGGAGACCUUGUAGUGACUUUUGCCCCUGCGAAUAGUUCAUUUGCUUAUGUCAAUGCCUUGGAAGUUUUCUCGGAACCAGAUUCGCUCAUCACCGAUGAUGCCAUCAAUCUCAAUCCACCAGGGGCAUUUAAUGGCCUGGUGACACAGGCUCUUGAGACAAUUGCAAGGGUGAACAUGGGUGGACCAUUCGUGUCAUUGGAGAAUGAUACGUUGUGGAGAAGUUGGGUUUCUGAUCAGAGCUUUUUGGUGCUACCAAACCUUGCCAAGAAUGUGUCAAAUAUUGCUGCUGUUAAGUAUCCUCCAGGUGGUGCAACUCCAGAUAUUGCUCCUCCUACUGUUUAUGGUACUUGCAGUAAGAUGAACUCAGAAAGUGAUCCAAAUAGCAAUUUCAACGUGACAUGGGAAUUUAGUGUGAAUUCGGGCUAUGCAUACUUCAUUCGAUUGCACUUCUGUGACAUAGUUAGUACAUCUGCCAAUCAGCUACUAUUUAAUGUUUUUAUUGAUUCCAUGCUUGCUAGUGGGGAUCUUGAACUAAGUGCAAAAACCGAUGGUCGUUUGGCCACUGCAUUAUAUUUGGAUUUUGUUACCCCAUUAAUUGAGAAAAAUAAGCUACGUAUAAGUAUUGGCCCUUCUCCUAGGAGUGGUUAUCCUGAUGCCAUUCUGAAUGGACUGGAGAUAAUGAAAAUGAACGAUUCCAUGGGCAACCUUGCUGGGGAAAUGUCUAUACCGUCCCAGCCUGGCUCCAAGAGGAAUGUUGGACUAAUUGUUGGGGUGAGUGUUGGGGUGACAGUUGCUUUGGUCAUAAUUGGCAUUCUAUUCUUCAUGCACAGAAGACGGAAACAAAAAAGCUUUCGCGAUUCAAAAACCUGGGUUCAGAUUUCCACUGAUGGAGGAACUUCCCAUACUAGGGGAAGUAAAUACUCGAGUGGAACAACGGCUAGUGUUGGUUCUAACUUGAGUUACCGCAUUCCUUUUAUAGCUGUUCAGGAAGCAACAAACAACUUCGAUGAGAGUUGGGCUAUUGGCAUUGGUGGCUUUGGGAAGGUUUAUAGAGGGAUUUUAAAAGAUGAUAUAAAGGUUGCUGUUAAAAGAGGCAAUCCCAGGUCCCAACAAGGUCUAGCAGAGUUUCGAACUGAAAUUGAGAUGCUUUCUCAAUUCCGGCACCGCCAUUUGGUGUCCUUGAUUGGGUAUUGUGAUGAAAGGAAUGAGAUGAUACUUAUUUAUGAAUACAUGGAUAAUGGUACCCUCAAGAGUCGUCUCUAUGGUUCUAAUCUUCCAAUUUUGAGUUGGAAGGAGAGGCUCGAGAUAUGCAUUGGAGCAGCAAGAGGACUGCACUACCUUCACACUGGCGAUGCUAAAGCAGUUAUUCACCGUGAUGUAAAGUCUGCAAACAUAUUGCUUGACGAGAAACUUAUGGCAAAAGUUUCUGAUUUUGGACUUUCCAAGACAGGACCGGAGAUUGAUCAAACGCAUGUUAGCACUGCUGUUAAAGGGAGUUUUGGGUACCUCGAUCCAGAGUAUUUCAGAAGGCAACAGCUGACAGAAAAAUCUGACGUUUACUCGUUUGGUGUCGUUAUGUUUGAAGUUCUUUGUGCUAGGCCUGUGAUAGAUCCAUCUCUUCCAAGAGAAAUGGUCAACUUAGCUGAAUGGGCAAUGCAGUGGCAGAAGAAGGGACAACUAGAUCAAAUUAUAGAUCCUAAUCUUGCAGGAAAAAUAAGACCAGAAUCCCUCAGGAAGUUUGGAGAAACAGCAGAAAAAUGCUUGGCGGAUUUUGGGGUUGACAGACCCUCAAUGGGAGAUGUCUUGUGGAAUCUGGAGUAUGCUCUUCAACUUCAAGAGGCAGUGGUUCAUAAUGAUCCCGAGGAAAAUAGUACCAUUGUUAUCGGCCAACUCUCCCCGCAGAUUGGUGAAUUUAAUCAUUUGGACUGUAGCAUUUCUGCUACUCAAUCUGAAAUGUCAAGUGGCGAUGAUCUUUCGGGCAUUUCAAUGAGUAGAGUUUUCUCACAACUGGUGAAGUCUGAAGGUAGAUGACUUUAUAGAUGAUGUAUUAUUUGUUUAGCUCCUUGCCUCCUUCCAAGUUUUUAGUUCUUAGAUUCAUCAGAUAAAAUGAAUAUUGAACUUAAAUAUCGCUAUUUUAAUGUCUUGCUAUAUCAAAUGCUGCAGAAACUGUUGGGUGUGACAUAUUUUUAAUUUUAUGGACUUCACUGUGUUUGA